AUGCAGGUCGCUUCGCCAAAGGCAACGAGGCGCCAGUCAAGGUCGCAUCGGAAACAACCCUCUGGUCCGUUCGUCUGUCAUGCUUGUGGGAAGGUGUUCACACGAAUUGAGAAUUUGACUCGACAUGCGGAGAAUCACCCUGCGGGCAGUGUGGACUUUGGCAAUGUUAAUCAACAGCUUCAGCAGCCCCACCCUAGGGCUGAGGACAUAGACGAAUCCCAUAUGCAUAUCGUCCUUCGCUCGUCAGACUCGCGACAUGCGCAUUCUUUCGACUCCAGAUAUCCAGAAACGUUUAGCGCGAUCCAUGACACUACUCAGGAUGUUGAGGUCAGCAGAGGCCUUAUUGGUGGCCCCGACCAAGUGCAAGACUACAGAGCAUCUUUGGACCCCAACGCAUACUCAUCGAGCAAGUCGAUUACCCAAAGCAGUCCGAACUCUGACUCCCCAUGGCCCUACGCCACUUAUGGAAUGUAUGGAGAAGGCUGUCUAGAUACGGAUUUAGCCUGGAUCCUCGACAUCGGUUCGGUGGACUAUCCCAGUCCUCAGAAAGAUCAUCACUUGGGCCUUGACAGCGUCCAAAUUCAAGAAUAUCCGAGUAGGCAUUCUGAGCGGUGCCUGCCUGGUGUCGUCUCCACCGUGGGCGACACAGCCUCGAGACAUCGUAAUGGUCAGGCAUGCGAUUAUCCGGCUGACGACACCCAAAAUGAUUGGCCCGACGAGGAUCCCGUUCCAGGAGCACCACCAUCGUCUGAGAUACCACCAACUGAUAUUCCCAGUCAGGAAUCCUGGGUAGAGCCUGACCUCGUCAGGCUCUUCCAGGAUCGUCUCAAAAACGUCAACUGGCAAUUCCUGAGAAUAACACCAGACGUGAGAGCUCGUAUGUUGGCCACCUUGGCUGAUAGUGCUUCGAAUGAGCAUGGACACUUGCCUCCAGAUGAAUCGAAGUUUCCUGUGCCAGAGGUGCUUGAGUAUUUCCUUUCACUCUUUUUCGAAUUCGUCCAUCCUAGGUUCCCUGUUCUUCACAAACCGACGUUCAGUACGGCCACUGCGCCACCAUACCUGCUGUUGGCGAUCAUGCUUCUGGGCUCCAGCCAUUCUAGAUCAAACCGAGGUAAAUUCGUUGCUGUGUAUCUACACCUGGCUACUACGGUGUUUAUGAGGUUGCAUGCCUUGAAGCCAUCAUUUCUACGCUCCGUGGAAAACAUUUUGACGUUACUAUUUCUCUGCGUCUCCGGUGCUUGGUCCGGACAUAAGAGUGCGUUUGAGUUUGCAGAAGGGGCUCGUGGCAUCCUCGUCACUGCGUGUCGUCGGUGCAGAUUGCUUGAUUGUCGUCAAAAGCCCCUUUUAACGGAUGCAGGAGCCACGAGACCCAUGCGAGUGAAGCUCCUGGACACUUGGACCUCCUGGAUUCAGCUGGAGCAACGUAAGCGUCUGGGACUUGCCAUAUAUAUGUUUGACCUUCAGUUUCCGGCAUUAUUCCACAACCAACCAUACAUUUCCAAGGGGGAAACUGUGAAUCUGGUGUUACCUUGCGAAGCUGCAUUCUGGGAAGCCAAGUCUCCUGAGGCGUGGAAAGUACUCCUUGGCCCCGCCGAAAUACCCUCUGCCAUGUAUUUCAUGGUUCCGUUGGAUACCUGUCUUCUCUAUCCGGAGAUCAAACGCGAUCCUCCUUACGCGCCUAUCGACUCCUACAGUAAAAUCAUCCUCAUGUACGCUCUGUUCUGCCACAUUUUCAAAUGGCGACAAAAUAUGAAUAUUGUUCUUCAUUCGGCCUUCGUCCGAGCCCCGGAGAGCAUCGGGCCAGCUGAAGGACUCGCUGACCGUCAACGAUGGCUUCGUAAUGGCCUCAAGGCCUGGCUCGAUAACUACCACCACUCAAAUGCCAGGGGGAACGGCUGCCAAGCUCCACCCGCAGGUCUCCUUUUGCACCAUCUCGCAAACAUAUACUUGGACAUCAAUAUUUCCGAUCUCCAUCUGUAUGCCGGACGUUCGGGGUUGACGGAGUACAUCCAGCUUGCUGAAGACGCGUUGAGAAGAUGGUGUCAGAGCUCCGGUUCCAGACGUACGAUUGAACGCGUCUAUGAAAUGCUUGAUCUGGCUCGCCGGACCAUUGAAGAUGAAAUGGCAGCUACGUGCGGCUUUGAGGUUUCAGUUGCAUUGCUGACGGGUGGAUUAAUAUGUUGGAUGUACGAUCGAUUAGGUGGAGAAGCCCAUUCAGGCGGUUGGGUACGUUAUUGA